AUGCCAGAUCGCAGCCGCGACCGCAGCCGGAGCCCCCGCAGGGCGGCAGGGGCAACUGAGACCUGCUGUGCGCUAGAGGCCUGCAGGGAUGCCCACCGAUGGGCGGCGUACGAGUGCCAUUUCUCCAAGACCACUUUCAAGACGGAGGCAAGUCAAGUGCGGACUCGCGUGAUUGCGUGCCAUGGCCAGUGCCGCACCUUCAUCCUGUGCGAGAAAGGACAGGUGCCCAAAAGCAUUCAAAAGGCCAAGGAUAGGAAGGAGUUGGUGCUGGCAGCAAUGACUGUCAGAAUGAACCCUUACCGGCACUAUUCGAAGAUGUGGGCGCAGGUUCUACACAUGAGCGCCUGGGAGGAACGACAAGGCCACGGCAGCAAGUUGGUUUCGGCUGUAGAGGAGCUUUUGCGCCAGGAAGGUGUGGAUGUCAUUGUUUCCUACCCUGCGCCAACCCAACAAGCCGAAAGCUUCUGGAACAAAAUGGGAUACAGGGGCCAGGAUCCGAGCCUUCUGCCUGAUGAGGAGCUGAUCCCGCGGUGCAGGGGUGGCCCCCUGUGGCCAGAGCAAAGCUUAUCCGGGGAGCCCUUGGAAAGGUGGGAGAAGAGGCUGGCGGCCUGCGCGCAGCAACCCCGGGAGGAAGUGACCAGGACGAGACCAGGGGGCGACGGUCGCAGGUACCGCGAGUUCGUCUGGAGACCCAAGGAUCUGCGGAAGAGGCUGGCUUCGGAGGUCACCAUGAGCGCUCUGCAGUUGCAGAAGUUAAUGUCAUCCCCAGUCCGGCGGCGGAUGAGGGGAAAGCAACCUCCGUUGGUGGCGGAGGGAAGUAUAGCCCAGGUACUAUAG